AUGAACAAGGAAUUUAUAACAACAACGAGAGCAUCCAACACCUUCACCUCCAACGGCGUUCGAAAACGUUCGAACACUUCACCCACAACCCGCCAGCUCACGGAGGCGCUGAGGUGGCGAGCGGCGUGCCUUCAGGCAGCGGCGGCGGCCGCGGCACCGUCAUCAGCGGCGGCGGCGGCGGCGACGCAGCCGGAGGCAGCGGGCGGCGUGACUGCCCUGCUUGCCGCCGGCGACAACCUCUCGGCCUGGUCCAAGAGCGGCGACACCACCGGACAGGAGAAGAAGGGGAUGCCGACAGCAAGCGGCGGCGCGGCGGCAGCGGCUGCCUCUUCCGGCGGCGGGAGGGAGCUCGUGGCGCAGAUUGUUGCCGCUGGUGUUCGGUCGUUGGGCUGGCACAGCUGGCGAGUCCUCGCCGCGCGCGCCGCUUUCCCCACCUCACCCGGCUCCAACCCCUCUCCAUCCGCCAAGUCCACUCUUGCGGACGGACACGCGCUGCUGGACGCCGUGAUAUCACCAGGAAACGGCAGCGGCGGUGGCGGUGCUAAACCCGUCGCCGUGCUCGAAGGAGCGGCCCUGGCGACAGCGGCAGCGUCCGCUGAGUUUGCGGCGCUUCGCGAGGCCGUCGCGGCGAAGGAUGCGGCGGCGACGAUGGCGUGGAAAUGGCGAGAUGCCGCGACCAGCGGCAGCGGCGGCGGCGGGUGGGGAAGGCCGUUUCCCGCGCCGCCGUCGACGACGUGGAAGGAGGCGGUGGCCGUGGCGGCCGGAGGGGGACAGCGGCGGCAUGUCGUGGCGGAGUGGGAGACCUGGCGGAAGUCCGCGUCCGGGCUGGUGGAGGGGAUGGAAGGCGUUCUUGCGGGCGUGGUGGACGCGGCGCCGUCGCUCCGGUCGGCCCUGGAGAGCCGGCUGCAGGCCAGGAUCGAGGCAGGUCGCUGGCUGGUGGCCUCCGGAGGGGUCCUCUUCCCGACGGGCGGCCGCAUUCCCACCCUCGAUUCCAUUGAGACCCUCGUCCAGACGCCGCCCCCACCGUCUUUCUCGGCGACCGCGCCCUACAAGCCCCGGGACGACGCGCUGUCGGUUGGUGACGACCCCGCCGCCGACGGUGCUUCGGCGACGGCGGCCGCGAACCAGCGGCAGAGCGCGGCCGUCUUGGCCGACGUCCUUGCCGGCCUGCAGGAGCUCCGCGGCGAGGCUUCCUCUUGGCUGAGGGAGGCCAAGGGGUUGCUGGCCGGGGCGGGCGGCGGGGGGGGGGCAGGGGGGGGGGGUGGUGCGCCGGUGGCGAUGACCGACGGGAGCGCGAAGGCGGUCCAGGCGUUGCUUGCCCGCGACGUUGUUCGGGCUAUGCAGUUCCCCGAGGAAAAACUUCUCCGAGAAGCCCUUCAGGCCCAUGGCCAGUGGGACCCAAAGGUGUUGGCCAUCCUCACGGUGCCGGUGACCCACCCGCAGGCGGCCGGCGGCGGCGUAGAUAGUGGCGGCUGGCUUGCCCCCGCUAAGACGCUCUUGGCACAAGCGCCGCCGACUCUGCCGCCGGGGUCGAGCCACCUGGCGCUCCUAAGGUGGACGAUCGCUGUCGGGGAGACGGCUCAAGUCAUGCUCGCUGCCACCACAGGGGGUGCCAUGAGCUUCAACGAGAGCAGGCCGGCCUUCACGGACAUGGAGCCGCUAGCCGAGCGAGGGAGGACUCUCCUCCUCGGGGGCACCGGGGUGGCCACCCUGCUGUCCGCCGUCGGCAUCGCACCGCCGGCGGGGGUCGUCCCCCUAUCGGCGGCCUCGCCUCCCGCCCCGCUCUCCCUGCGCCUGGGCGACGGACCCCUCACCGCCCUGUCCACAGUCGAGGCGGUUACUCGAGGGGUCGACGCCUGCCGCCAGUGGGUGGCGGGGGCGACGGCGCUUGUAUCCCCCGGCGGCGGGGGCGGGGGCGGCGGGCUCAACCGGGCUUCCUCCGCGCGGCUCGUGCAGGAGCUGCAGGCGAACCGGCAGCUGCCUUACGCCGUCGACGGUGCCGGGUUGGGCGGGGGCCUGCGGGCCACCCUCGCCCACGAGCUGAGCCUGAAGGCGCCGGAGCACCCGGAGCUGGCGCAUCACCUCGGGAGCAGCGUCGGCUCCUUCGGGGGCGUCGCGAACGGCAUCGUGGACGACGAGGACGACGCCGAGGGGAUGGCCGGGGCGAUAGACAUGAACGACGUCGGGUGGGCCAGCAGCAGCGAUCUCGACUCGGCCAUGGCGGUCAUCGACGUCGUGGGCGCGACAACGACUACGGAAGCACCGCCGCCAGCACCAGCACCAGCAGUGUACCCUCCUGCAAGGGAGCAGCACAGGCAUUCGGGGGCCAUCCCCGCCGGUACCAGCGGCGGCGGCGGCGCUGCCCCGCGCAACGGCGGGACGAUCAGCGCCAGGGCGGCCGGGCUGCAGACCGCCAGCGUGGCGCGCGCGGUGCCCCCCCCCCUGUUCACCAACAGCGCGGCCCCCACCACGCGUGGCUCGAGGAACCAGAGGACCUCCCCGUUCAACCUGAAGGCAUGCUCGGCGUGCAAGAAGGGCCGGGUAUCUGCGAUAAAGUGCCGCGUGGAUCGGCGGCACUGGGAGGAUCACGACUGGACGGACCCGCCUUCCCGGCCGUGGGUGAUGCCCGACGGCUUCGUCGAAUGGGUCGCGAAGGUGGACUGCGGCCCCGACGGGGAGCGGCCGGGGUCGCCGCACAACGCCCGGACGGCGGCGGCGGCGGCCGCGGUGCGGGACGCCGCCCUCGCGGCGAAGGCGGCGGCGGCGGCGGCGGCCGGACCGGGGGCCGGACCGGGGCCACGCUCGCCCGCGGCAGAGAGCGCGUCCUCGCUCCUCGACCGCAUGCUGGGGACGGCGGCGCUGCCGCCGCCGCCGCCCGCGCCGGUCGUCCGGGCACCGGUGCUCGCUCCCCGGGUCGCGCCCGGUGCGCCCGCAAUCGGGGGCGCCGGGUUGAAGCGGACACGGUGCCUCACGGCCGGGUGCGACAAGCCGGUCGGCAGGGACGUUGCCUUUUGCUCCGACGACUGCGUGGUCUCGGCGCAGAGGCAGGCUGUCCAGGCCCUCGUGGCCUACCACCAGAAGCAGCAGCAAGCGGCGAGCCGCCGCUCCUCUCCUUCGAAGGCAGCCGCCGCGGCGGCGGCUAAUGGGGGCGGCGGCGGCGCGGCGGCCGGGGCAGGGGCGAACGGAGGGGAAGGCGUUGGUGCGGGGGGCGUCGGAGGGGAGGCCGUUGCGACGGCUGCGGAUGGCGAGUCCUCGUCAGGAGGUUGCACAGCGAAGGGUGAGCAGAAGAAGGCCACCGCUGCUGCUGCUGCUGCUGCUGCCGCAGCCCCCGAGUGGACCGUGGAAGACGAGCAGGCCUUCGCCAAGGGGCUGGAGGCCGUGCGGGCCCGGAGCGUGCAGACUGCCGGGCAGAAGUUCCGGCACAAGGUCAUGGACCUGUUCCGGGAGCUGUUCGCGGAGGGGAUGGCGGAGCUGGGGGUAGACGCGGCCGACGCCGCCGUGCUCUGCGGAAUGCUGGCCUGGGACCUUGAGCACGAGCUGAACGCCUUUUCGCGCACAAACCGGGGGGUCUACAAGGAGAAGGCGCAGUCGCUCCGCUUCAACAUCAAGUUCGCCAAGAACCCCGAGUUAUUCAAGGAUCUGCUGUCGGGCGGUACGAGCAUGAAGACGCUCUGCGGCAUGUCCACGGACGAGCUGGCUUCCUCCCACCUGAAGGAGGAGCGGAAACGCAUCCGAGACGAGUCGUACGCGGGCCACCUGAGGCAGGAGGACGAGGGCAACGAGAUCGUGUACAAGGACGGCGCGCUCCAGAAGAUCGACAAGGUUAAGGCCGAAGCUGCCAAGCAGAUGCUCGAGGGAGGCUCCAAGAGCAAGGGUGGUAGCAAGACCGGUAGCAGCAGCGGCGGCGGCGGUGGAAGUAACACCAGCGGCAGUGGCAGCAAGAAGCCCCGAAGGGUAAAGGCCGAGGACGGUGGCGGCGGCGGCGGCGGCGGCGGCGGCAGCAAGGCCAAGCAAGAGGCCGGAGACUCGUCCGAUGAUUCCGGAGACGACGACGCGAAGGAUGGAGUCGGCGGCGGGGGAGGGGUGAAAAGGUCGGAGCUCCUAAAGAGGAGGCUUUCUGCUGGCUCGGAUCUCGACGGCGGGGAUGGGGGCGGGGAAGGGUCGGCGGCGAAGAGGAUGAAAAGGCUGCUCGCUGUCGGGUCGCCGAUCAUCGGCGACGUUCCCAAGCUGGAGUUCCCGAGUGCGCCGUUGCCGGAGUUCCCCAGCUCCCCUUUGGACAAGAUUCCUUCGCCUCCGGGACCAGGGGGUGACUCUGAUGACCCAGACGACGGGGGCCUGAGAACGAUGGACGUGGGUAGAGGAAUCGGGGGCGGGGACGGCGUAGAGUCGGACGGCGACGAAGGCAGCGGCAACACCAAGAGGAAGCGCGGCAAGCACAGGCGCGACAGCAGCGGUGACGGCGGCGGCGGCGGCGGCAGCGGCGGCGGCGGGCUGCCGCGCCUCUCCUCGCCCCCGGCUUCCCCGAACGCCGACAUCGACAACGGCCUUAGCGAGCCCCGAUUUUCUGCCACUAACGAAGACGACGACGACGACGACAAUGACGACGACGACGACGAUAUGGAGAUUGAGGAAGAUGAGGAAGGAGAGGAGGCCAAGGAAGUGAAACCGUCUCGGCACUCUGCGCCCCCCCCCGGCGGCGGCGGCGGGGUUGGCCGGCCGGUGACUCCUCCCCCAGAGGUGGAAGGGCGUAUGGGGGUAGAGGCGGGCAUGCACAUGACCAGGGAUCCGCCCCUCGGAGGCGUGUCUUCUUCUGCUUCUUUUGUGGCGCGGCUGCCCCGGAAUCUGGACGUUGAUGGCCGCGUAUCGAUUACCAACCUCAACGGGACCAUGAAGUCGAGGGCGGCGGGCAGCAUCAGGGUCCUUGUCCUUCGGCCAGGGGGCGGUGGUCCUAACAACCCCAACGUCUUGAACCGCUUCUGCCAAGAGUUCGCCGCGUACAAGAAUCAGGGUCGAGCCGGGUACUGCUUCAAGCAGUUCGACAAGAAGCACGUCGAGUUCCUCUACCUCGUGCCUCCAGCACUGGCGCCACAGGUGCCGUUGCUCGCGCAGAACCCCGCCGCUCAGGGCCACCUCGUCUGCCUUGUCAUCACAGUCGCCUCCGCCGUGGUGCCUCCGCCGGCACCGGUUAUGUUGGCGCCACAGCCACCCCCACAGCAGCAGCCGCCGCAGACGCAGUACCUGUACCGCCCCCCGCCGCCGACCUUCACGCCGUCCGCCCCGGCUCAGCAGCAGACAACGCCCACCCAGCAGCAACCGACGCCUCCGCCGCCGCCACCUCCCCAACAGGUUCAGCAGCAGGCCGCACCGCCGCCGGCCGCGGCCCAGCUGGAGACACCGCCGGGUCCACCGCCGCGGGCACCGGCCGCCGCGCCCCCCACCGCCGCCGCGGCUCCGCUCGGUGGCGGCGGUUUGGUACCGCCGCCGCCGCCGCCGCCCCCACCGCAUUCCGGGGCGCCUGCGGCGGCACUUCCGACUUGGAGCGCGCAGCAGCAGCCACCGCCUCCGCCGCCAAUGGCGGCGACUGUUGCCGCCCCCGCCGCUGGCGGCCCUCCGCCCCCACCGUCGAUGCUGGUUGGGCCGCCGCCGCCACCACCGCCCCCACCACCGGCGGCGGCGCCCGCGGCCCCAGCUCCGGCUGCACCGGUGUACUCGUCAGCAGCAGCGGCGGCUACGCAGCCGCAGCAGCACCCGCUCGCGAUGCCCAUUGCCGAACGCAUCGCAUCCAUGGGCCCCCAAGAGCUGGGCGCGAUGCGUCAACUACCGAAUGCCCAGACGCUCUACCCCUUCAUCUUCGAGGGAAACCCUGGCUUCGGGCCAUUCAGAGACACCCUGGCAGGGUUGGUAAUGCCUCGACUGGCGAGCGGCGGCGGCAGUGGCACAGGGACCUGAGCCCCAACAGGAGAAUGAUCUUGGCAUGGCAUCAACCAAGCACAGAAGCAGGAGAACAACGUUCUAGGGGAAAGUUCUGAGAAGUUACGGCCGCCACCGGUCGAGAAGGCGCAUCUUUUUCUCCACCACGUAUUUCGCGCUGUUUACUUACGACGAGUACAGCUGUUCCUGUGGCGGUGCCUACUGUCAUUGCCACGAUUUUUUUUCAUUCGUGGUUUUUACGUGUGUGCAGCUUGUUGCAGAGGAGAAUGGCAGCGGUGAAAAGCGUAACGCAUCGUACUCUGGCCAGCUUUCAGGCAAUUAGAGUUCUAGUGUUUUUAUUAAUGUGACACCCGCACCGCCGCUGCUGGCUGGUAGAGCCAACAUUUUCGGGGCGGUAAGGCGUACGGGAGUCGGAAAAUGGCACAACGCCGACCUGUAUUUUUGUCGUAAUAAGAAUGAUGCGCACUGUUUGGAAGUGUUUCUAGCACGUGUGCAUGUGGGAGGUCUUUUUCAUGUUUGUGUGUGAUGGUUCAUUAUCACAGCGGCGCUCGUAAGGGAGGGUUCCGGCAGGGACUGACGAACAGAGAAGCGCUUGUUUCGUGAUUUGCUGACGUCGGUGGGUGUCUUGUCGACGCAAGAGCACGCGUACCAUCCGUUUCUGUAUCGUGGAAGUCGCUAUUUACUGUAAGGAUGUUCGACCGCUAAUUGCGAACCGAGGGGUUAUAACGAAAGGAGGAAAGAGUAAUACACAAUGGAAAGC